UCAGUCAUAACAAGUCUCGGUGAUCAAUUUCUCGACUUGCAGACGACUAAACCAACAGUUUCACGGAAGAAUAGUCACACAAAAAUUCAUAUUCAAUAGUUGUUUAUUUGAUCAAAUAAAGUGAUUAAGAAAAAACGAAAUAUAAAACAUUGAAGCUGACAGAUUCCGUGAAUGUAAUUCUAUAAGGACAUAUAAAAUAGAUCGAUAUUACAUGCGAAUCAACUUAAAAAUCUAUCACCAUACCAUGUAUGAUCGGAAUUAAAAGUCGAUAAAAAGGAUCAGAAUCAAUCUGAGAGACAGUUUAUAUUACAAACAAUAAAAAGCGAACCAUUACGAGAUGUCAUUGCGGAAUGAAAGUGCGAUAGUUUUAUCUGUAUUUCUUGAUUUUAUGUCGAUUUACCGGCGUCUAUCAAAAGAGUCCUUGUUUUCAAUCCUCAGGUAAACUGAUAUUAUUCUAUAGAAAAUAGUCAUCAAUAUUUCAAGACUUCGAAAUGAAUUAAAAUUCAUUAUGUUUGAUGCUUAUUUUAUCAGUUUUACAAUUAUCUAUUGAUUGCGAACUUAUUGGCAAUUUCGCAAUACAUGCUUCAUUUAUAAAACUGGAGAGUUCUGGGACGCAGGUAGAGGUAAAGUUUCAUAAAAGUGCGAGGUAUUUUAAAAUUAGACCGUUGAAAUAGCUUGAUUCAUAUGAAUAUAUAUGUUUGUAUCAAUAAUUUAAUAUAGUGACAUUUCUUAAUUAUCAGUAUAUUUAGAAGGCGAUAAAUAUUUAACAAAAACACUAUGGGGACUUAAUGAAUGAGUAGACAAAUUUAUAUACUUUUAGCAAUUACAAUAAAGUAAAAAAAAAAGUGAUCUUUAUCAGUGAUGCAUGACAUUCAAAAUGAUAUCUGGAUUAACGCAUAUGACGCUAUGUGAUAGAAUUUCCAAAUACCGAAAAAAAGUCGUUAAAGAAUGGAAUACAUAAAACGGAAGGAGAAACUAAAAAGAUCAGAUGAUACAAAAGUUAAACUCAAUGUUGGAGGAGUUAUUUUCGAAACAUGGGCUAGUACUCUUGAGAGUAUCCAGGGCACCAGAUUAGCCCUGUUGGCUCAUCUGAAAGAGGCAGACGAGUCUUGGGACAAGGAAAAACAUGAAUUUUUCUUCGACAGACAUCCAGGUGCUUUUACCACAAUACUUCACUACUACAGAUCUGAUGAGUUACACAUUGAUCAAAAUAUUUGUGGAAAUAUUAUAAGAGGGGAACUCGAAUAUUGGGGUUUGACAGAAUUAGAUAUAGAACCGUGUUGCUGGGGCACGUACAGUAAGUACAAAGACCACAAAGAAACAUUGGCCGCGUUGGACGACAAUUUCACUUCUUCGUUUGAACCAGAGUUAUAUGAUGAAAACGCGUCAAGUUUCACAAAGUUUAAAAUGCAUGCAUGGCAAUUUUUAGAAGAACCUUCUUCUUCAAGAGGAGCGAAGACCUUUGCGGUGAUGUCCAUGUUUUUUGUAGUUAUGUCUAUAGCUAUAUUUUGUUUAGAGACAUACCACAAGUUCCGUGUUCCCAUAGAUGGCGCUCAACCGAUCAAUAAAACUAAAUUUGAACUAAUUAUGGCACCCAAUGAAGAUUAUUGUAUUAAAGAAACAGUGACGGAUGCUGCGUACAAAUUUUCAGAUACAAAACCGCAUGUUGUUAUGACUAUUCUUGAUUAUGUGUGUGCAGCUUAUUUCACAACAGAGUUUGUCAUUCGUGUCUUUUUUGCUCCAAGAAAAAUGCAGUUUUUCCGCCAGCCAUUGAAUAUAAUAGAUUUGUUAUGUUUAAUUCCACAUCUUAUAGCCAUCAUUCUUGUUACUAUAAACCCGAAUGAUAGCACAAGUCAACUUUUUAAAUCGAUGUUAGCGCUUAGAACCAUUCGAAUUUUAAGAAUUUUUAAACUGAUGAAACAUUACAGCGCUUUUAACAUAUUAGUAUACACAAUCAAAGUUAGUACUAAGGAAUUACUGCUGAUGGUCGUGUUUUUAUUUACUGGUGUUCUAAUUUUCGCGAGUGUUGUGUUCUACGUUGAAUCGGAAACAUUUGAAAAUAUUCCAAUUGGAUUUUGGUGGGCUCUCGUUACUAUGACGACGGUCGGAUAUGGAGAUAAAGUUCCCAAAACUGAGGGGGGUUAUAUCAUUGGUUGUGCAGCUGUGCUUUGUGGUGUUCUAACUGUGGCAUUUACUGUUCCAAUUGUCGUCAAUAAUUUUACACUUUAUUAUGCUCAUGCGCAGUCUCGAAUUAAACUGCCACCACAUGAAAGAAAAGAAUUGAAGAGAAAGUUGUUCAUAAAAAGUAAAAAGUCACUUAGACUAUUUGAUAAAUUCAGAAGAAAUAAAGACAAAAAGCAGUCAUUUUCGUCACUUGACUCGAUAACAUCUACGAGGGCACCACCUUAUGGCCAAGAAAGUCAGUCACCGAAAUCAGAAAUGCCGAAUGAUGUUUACCAAGAAACUGAUACCGACGUUAUAACGGUUUCGUCUACAAGUUCAACUCGAAAUAACUCAGCAUCAACUGAUGCUCAGAACAGACUACAUACCAUAUCAGAGACAUUGUCAUCGUCAGGUAGUCCAUCCGUCACGCCCAUUGAUGUAGAAAUAUCAGAAUUGGAGCACCAACAUAGAGUUGAAACAGCCAUGCUGCUCAAUAACAUGGCUGAAAAUACAGAGAGACUAAAGAAUGAAAAAAGGAGACAGCUGGAGUUGAUAAAUGAAAGACGUGAACAAAAAAGACAGUCACGUGAGGGAGGUAAAACACCUCGUUCAGUGCCACCGGCUGCUGCCUCCAAAGGAAAGAGAUGAUUGGUUCGUAAGAAAUGGUAGCCGCAAGGGUAUGUUACCAGGGAAGCCUUUCAAAUUCCGUCCAUUACGCUGUGAAGUAUCAACUGCUGAUAUAUUCUAAUGUGUUGUACAUUUCCAUAGAUACUUUAUAUUUAUAAAAAAAAUAACACUAAUUGACACAAUGUAUAUUAUAAUAACACGCAUGUAUUGCACCGAGCGCUAGCUUUUAACCUUGAUAUAUAAAUGGUUACUUGUUCUGGUAAUAGCUGUAAUAACAAAAUAGAACUGGAAAAAAAACUUUUCACAAGACAGGAUGAACAAAUAUUCUGCAACACAAAAUUCAAGAAACUUAAUAUGUACUAAACAAAAUUGAAUAUAGCAUACAUAGAAACAGAUGCUAAUUAAAAUUAAUGAUAAUUCCGGGGAAAUUAAAAUUCAUCUUCCAAUGGUUACAGUGACAUGAACUCAUAUAUUAUAUAUAAAUUCAUUUGUUCUCAAUCUUGAGAUGAUUUUUUUUCAAUGAUGAAAUUUCUGAUGCCUCGUCCAAAAAAAUAAAUAAGAGUGUUGGUCAUGCGUUAAAAAGCCACAAAGGGUUUUCGGUGGGUCCAAUACAGUUUUGUCUCUGUAAUUGUACACUAGCGGAUACGGUGUAUUGAUAGUAUAUAGGCACCUGAUCAGUAUUGUAAAUGCUGUUUUAUCAGUAUUGGAGCUGAUCCAGUCAUGUGAUUUUAUUGUAUAGUAUACAAUUUAAAUCGUUCUGUUGAUGGUCAUAGCCGGGUAAAAAGUCCAGUUAGGUCACACAGAAACAAACAAUAGAGUUUGAAAACUAUGAACGUUAUGAUUUUGUAUAAUCUUGCUUGGUGUCAAACCUAACAAUGUUUUCACAAUUACUGCACACAACGCUAAAAAAUUGAGGGUUCGUCGAUUUUUUUAAUUUUUUUUUUAUAACAGACAGAUUCUUGCAGUUUAUAAGAAUGAGUAACCUCCUACGUUUGAAUAAAAAAAAUUAAAAGAAAAACAUCGUAUUGCACCCUAUACAGUUGUUGUACAAAUCAAAAUCGUGGGUCUAUUUUUUUCAUUAUGAGCCUGUGUAUCUUCUCAACACAAUAAUUUAAUCAAUUUAUAGCAGGGAUUCAUUUACAUAUAUUGAUCCUUCAUAUAUAUAUAUAUGGCCCAUGGUUGUUAUAUUUUCAUUCUUUGGUCUCCUCCGGACGGUUGUCUUAUUGGCAAUUAUUCAGCGUGUUAUUUUACAUUUAACAAAAAAUAAGGUUCUUGCCGACCUUUCAUUUGCAAAUAGCAGUUCCAACUCAUCCACAUUUGAAAUAAUUGUUACCUAUAAUUACAUGCUAGUUACCAAAUAUUCUAGAAAAUACAUUAUUAUGACAUUAAACAUAAAUUAUCUUGUUAUUCGGACAAAUAUUUACAUAAUUUAUUUUUUCAUAAUGAGUUUGUCCAUAUUAUGUUAUCUUUUCUCAUUUUCGCUCAA